AUGAAGAGACUAAUUCACGUUGCAUUUAUAGCUUAUAUAAUUAUAGAUAAUUUCUACUUAAGGGAAAGUUUGUUUGAGUACACUCUCCCAAUCACUAAACAUCUACAAAAGAAUUAUGGCUUCCCUUCAUUUAUUAAAUUUAAUAGAUUUAUGGCCUAUCUACUCAAGCCAGAUAUUUGUGCAUUGUUUAACAUAUUUUACAUUUGUAUCACAAGCAACAAAUACUAAGCCUUGAAGUCUACUAUGUUUUAAUGCUUUAGUUUGUACGCUCUCCUCUUCUAUAAGAUCCUCAUGAACGAUCCUCGCCCUUACUUUGUCGAUCCAGAGAUUAAAGGCUGGGAAUGUUACGCAGAUUUUGGAAAUCCAUCAGGUCAUGCAACAAGUAUUUGGAUGUUUUACGGAAUUAUGCUUACUGAUAUUUGGAGAGAUAUUAUUCCAAAGUACAAGGAUGAUUCCUUAAAGAAAUUCUUAAUUAAUGCUUCCUUUUUAAGUUUAUUUGUGUUCUUAUUUGUUGGUAUUGUGUUCUGCAGAAUAUUCUUGGGUGUCCACUCUUUGAACCAAGUUAUGAUGGGUACAGUAUUUGGCAUCUAUAUUUAUUUGAUAAACUUAUGGUAUGCAGACAAUUUAAUUGAAAAACUUUUUAACUACCUUAGAAACAAUAAAAUCAACGUAGUAUAUAAGCUUAUGUCAUUCUCUGUAGCUUAUUUCCUUAUGAUCUAAACUCCUGUUGAAGUCUACAAGAUGAUUGAAACUGAAGUUCCUGAAGUAUGGAGAUAAAACAUAUUAAAUUCUUGCUAAUUUGAAGAUCAUAACAUGUUUUACAAAGUAUGUUUUAAGGCAUGUGCAACAAUAGGUAUAGCAUUCGGUCCAUUGUUUGCUUUGACCAUCAGCAAAAAGGCCAAUCAAAUAGUUCUUUUUGAAUUUAGCAACAAGUAGAUGUAAUCAGAUUACAAAGUUUUCUCAUUAAAAAGCAUACUUAAAGCACUUUUUGGAACUGCAAUCUUCAUUUUAGUUUUUGCAUUCUUCUAUAAAAUCUAUCCAAUUAGCAAAGUCAUUAAAACUAUUCCAAUCAUCUACGAUAAGUAUCUUUCAAUGACUCUUGGAAGUUUCUUUAGCACAUUCAUUUUAACAUUAGUUUUACCCAAACUUUAUGGCAGUGACAUCAGACAAAGAAGAAAAUCUUCUAGCCAAAAGUCAGUUGAAGUUGUAAAAAAUACACCUGAAUAAUAACCCCUUCUUAAUGAUAAGAAAUCUGAUUGA